CUACACCAGCCCAGUCUUCCUACGCGACUUCCCCUUCCCCAGGACUCCGUUUCCCGUGGCGCCCUGCGCCGCCCGCACACGCGCACUGUCCUGCCCCCGCCCUUCACCUUGCCUAGGGCUCGGUCCGCAGUCAAUCUAAGAUGGCCGCCGUCGGCGGCGGAGCAGCGGCCUCCUCCUCGUCUUCCGCGGCCACGCCGUCCUCCGCGGCUGCCGCUUCCUCCUCCACGGCGGCCUCCUCCUCCGCGACCACCACCACGACCACCACCACGACGGCGGCGGCCCCCGCCCCCCAGGCGGCGGGCGGGACCCCCGGGCCGGGCUCGGAGGCGGCGGGGGGCGGCGGCGGCGGCUCGUCCUCCUCGUCCUCUUCGUCGGCGGGCGCCGCGGCGGCGGGCGGGGGUUCCUCGGGCUCCCCGGGGGCCUCGUCGGAGUCGUGGUACGUGGCGCUGCUGGGCCUGGCCGAGCACUUCCGCACGUCCAGCCCGCCCAAGGUGCGCCUCUGCGUCCACUGCCUCCAGGCCGUCCUGCCCCGCAAGCCGCCGCCCCGCGUCGAGGCCCGCACCCACCUGCAGCUGGGCUCCGUCCUCUACCACCACACGCGCAACGGGGAGCUCGCCCGAGGACACCUCGAGAAGGCGUGGUUGAUAUCGCAGCAAAUCCCACAGUUUGAGGAUGUCAAGUUUGAAGCGGCUAGCCUCCUUUCCGAGCUCUAUUGUCAAGAGAACUCAGUUGAUACAGCGAAGCCAUUGCUGCGGAAAGCUAUCCAGAUUUCACAGCAGACACCCUACUGGCACUGCCGGCUCCUUUUCCAGCUUGCGCAACUUCACACACUUGAAAAAGAUUUGGUGUCAGCUUGUGACCUUCUGGGGGUCGGAGCAGAAUAUGCCCGUGUGGUGGGAUCGGAAUAUACAAGAGCACUGUUUCUGCUGAGUAAAGGCAUGCUGCUCCUCAUGGAGAGGAAGCUGCAGGAGGUGCACCCGCUGUUGACGCUCUGUGGGCAGAUAGUGGAGAACUGGCAAGGGAACCCCAUCCAGAAGGAGUCCCUGAGGGUCUUCUUCUUGGUGUUGCAGGUGACGCAUUACCUGGAUGCUGGUCAGGUGAAGAGUGUCAAGCCAUGCCUGAAACAGCUUCAGCAGUGCAUCCAGACCAUUUCGACUCUCCACGAUGAUGAGAUCCUGCCCAGCAACCCUGCAGAUCUCUUCCACUGGCUGCCCAAGGAGCACAUGUGUGUGCUGGUCUACCUGGUGACUGUGAUGCACUCCAUGCAGGCCGGAUACUUGGAAAAGGCACAAAAGUAUACUGACAAAGCACUGAUGCAGCUGGAGAAACUCAAAAUGCUGGACUGCAGCCCGAUCUUAUCGUCCUUCCAAGUGAUUCUGUUGGAGCACAUCAUCAUGUGCCGCCUCGUCACGGGGCACAAAGCGACGGCGCUUCAGGAGAUCUCUCAAGUUUGCCAGCUCUGCCAGCAGUCUCCCCGGCUCUUUUCCAAUCACGCGGCUCAGCUGCAUACUCUCCUGGGACUGUACUGCAUUUCUGUCAACUGCAUGGACAAUGCAGAGGCCCAGUUCACCACAGCGCUCCGGCUCACCACCCAUCAGGAACUCUGGGCUUUCAUCGUGACAAACCUGGCCAGCGUCUACAUCCGGGAGGGGAACAGGCAUCAAGAGCUCUACAGUUUAUUGGAAAGGAUCAAUCCAGACCACAACUUCCCUGUCAGUUCCCACUGCCUGCGAGCCGCUGCCUUCUAUAUCCGAGGGCUCUUCUCCUUCUUCCAGGGGAGGUACAACGAAGCAAAGCGCUUUUUACGAGAGACCCUAAAAAUGUCCAACGCCGAGGACUUGAACCGGUUGACGGCAUGCUCCCUCGUUCUCCUGGGCCAUAUCUUCUAUGUCUUAGGAAACCACAGGGAGAGUAACAAUAUGGUGGUCCCAGCCAUGCAGCUGGCCAGCAAGAUCCCGGACAUGUCUGUGCAGCUCUGGUCAUCUGCUCUCUUGAGGGAUCUGAACAAAGCCUGCGGCAAUGCCAUGGAUGCCCACGAAGCAGCACAAAUGCACCAGAACUUCUCCCAGCAGCUGCUCCAGGAUCACAUUGAGGCCUGCAGCCUCCCAGAACACAACCUCAUCACGUGGACCGAUGGGCCCCCGCCUGUACAGUUCCAGGCCCAGAAUGGCCCCACCACCAGCCUGGCCAGUCUCUUGUGAAGGAGUGGUGCACUGUCUUUCCUCGGAGAGAAGAUGGGAGCUGCCCUCUCCCUGAGCUCUUGACCAAGGACGUGCUGCAGACGCAUUGUGGGGCAGAAGCUCAUGCGGACAUUCUCAGCUCCUCUGGAUAUUCCAGUGUGGGAGUGAAUCUCCUGGAUUUGCACACCUAUGUGCAUGCAUGUGCGGACAUGUGCAAGGUCACGGGGCUGCAAUGCCUCCCUUCCCUUUGCUCAGAAUUAGGUUUGACGGUAUUCAGAGGGGCAACUGCUCCAUUAAUUGGGUUGAAUCUUAGUCAUUUAAAAACACAACACCAUAUCAUGAAGGAAAAACCUGGUGUUGGUAAAAAGCAGGGGAGGGCAGCAAGAACCCUAACGAUCUUCUAGUUAAAAUGACCCCUGGAAGUGCCCUGUCUUUGCAUUUAAACUUGGGCUCCAUUGCUACUCCUGUUCCCACCGUUCUUAGAUUUGCUGCAGCUGCAAGCAUCCAAGGUUGGUGCACAAUCAUCUGUUCUCUCGCUGCUAUCUUUCCCAUGAUCCCGACGCUACGGCUGGUUGGCCACGUGCCAUUGGCCUGUCUUCAAGUGGAAAGAACAGCGCGUAGAAGCGAGAUAUAGGGGGGUGAAGCUGUCUCCCUCUACUUCCGUUGGGCUCUUCAGCGAACUUGCCUUUUUGUUUUCAAGAGGGGUGCUGGGGAACCAGCAUUGGAAAGAAGCACAGCUCACUGUAAGCUGAGCCCUUCGGCCUGGUCUUGCCCCAAAGGAUGAAUCUCUUCCUUUCUGAAACACUUUUGCUUUCUCCAGAUUGUUGGUCCAUCUGUGGCGAGCAAGAGGCUGUCUCCUUCUAAGGCAGACAUGGUGAUUUCCCACCCUCUGAUGCGUGUCCCUCCCCCAGUCUAAGCCACAUGGCACUUGAUCUGCAUGAAUCCACAGAUGGGCAUAGGAGCUUGAUUUGUGGCAGCUUUAUCAUCAGUGCUCUGUGGUUACCACAAGAAAAAAGCAGAAUGCAGUACUGGGUGAAGGUUUCAGCUUUGGCUUCCUGAGGAUCUUGGCUUUCACUUUUUUUUUUAAGGCUCAUGUUUCUAGCCCUUAUGGCUGUGUAGAUAUGCAUGAAAAUCUGAAAUCUCACAAGUCAGAGGGCUGGAAGGUUUUGAGGGUUUUGCACCAUCCCUCCUUGAUGCAUGACUGGCGAAACCUUAAAAAAAAAAAGUAUAAUAGUAUGUAUAAAAAUGAAAGUCAGACUGUAUUUUGCAACUAUGCUAAAUUUGCAUAAUUCUUGUUGCAGGACUUUGUAUAUAUCUGUUUAUAGGGCAGGAACACACAGCCCUGCUUUCAGUAUGAUGUGUGUUGGGGUUUUUGUUUUUUAAGGAAAUGUUUGAUCCUCUAGCCCAGUGAUUCUCAAACUUGGGUCCUCAGGUGUUAUUGGACUUCAACUCCCAUAAUCCCCAACCAAAGGCCACUGAGGCUGGGGAUUAUGGGAGUUGAAGUCCAAUAACACCUGAGGACCUAAGUUUGAGAAUCCCUGCUCUAGGCAAAUGAUGGUUGAGUUCUUUUAACUACUAAUUUUAUCAAGUCUAUUUAUCAUGUGCAAACCAUGACCCACAUUCUUUAAUCAUUCUCUUCCAUGGCAUUAGCCUUGUUCCCGCACUGCAUCCCUCGAAAUCUGUCUUCGGCCACUAGAUUGGGCUGAUGUGCAAAAAUGGUCCCUGCAGAAAAGUUUCUUCCUUGCAAUGUGCCUGCCAUUGGAGAAUGCAGAAGAGGAGAAUUUGGACUGUUUCCUGUUGGGAAUAUAUGUCUGUAUAUAGCAUCCACUUACAAAUAUUGGAAUAACUCUGUUCUCUUCCCUGCCCCCAUACCUGAGAUAACCCCUAAAGAAGCAGCUGAUGCUUAUUAGUUUAUGUGAAUGCAGACUCUUGAGUUCAUUAACACCCAUCACCCCAAAGCCAUGCAGACACAUCUUAAUAAUGAAAGCUUGGUCGCCUUGGUGAACCACACAAGAAGACGCUUGCCCUGUGAUGUUGCUUGGGGUCUGCUCGGUCUCUGACAGCCCAUGCUUGGGGAAGAAGGACCCCAAGUGCUUUGUUUCAUAGGCCGGCCCAUUCAAGAGACUGCCUUUUUUGUAAAGUUUUGCUCUGAUCUUUAGGCCACAUGUGUGUCAAGGUGGAUCAGCGAGUCACAGGUCUGUUCUGCUCAACCUGUUUUAAUUAGUCCCUUUUCCUAAAACCAAUCAUGUUUUAUUCCGGGCAUAAUGCAGAGAUGGCUGACUCCUGUAUCUUUGGCAAGGGGAGCCCUCUGGUCUCCAGCCAAGAAUCUAGGAGCCAGACAUGCAUGUUGCUGGACAAGCCCAACCCCCUUCAGAAAUUGUCAGCUCCAUCAUGGUCAGCACUGCCUACCUCUGCCUACCUUCUCUUCCAGGCCAUGUGUGUUCAGGUAUGAGUCUGUGUAAAUGUGCAUACAGAAUUGGAAAGAUCUUAAUUGAAUGUGUGGCAGGUUUGCAUUGUACAGUUUUAAAAUGUGUUUCAAAUUAAUGCAUGAGCCUUGCUGGCCCAAUCAAAAGUUCCAUCUAGUCUUAGCCUCCUGUUUCCAGCAGGGGACAGCUGGAUCUCGCUUCUUGGGAGCAGAUCUUGCUUACAGGCCUCUAGUUGGCUGCCCAAGUCAUAGGUCAUCUCCUCACACUCCACUCACCCAGUGAAAUGUGUCAGCUGAACUGCCUUGGCCAAUUGGGCCCCCUCCCCAGAGACUCUUUGUGGGUGGAUGAGUGUGUGCUGGUUUUGCACUGUUGCAAUGUAGAAUCCAUUGACGUGCAUGAGAGUCCACAUCUGAUACUACCCUUUCUUCAUGUAACUCUCUAUGAAACAGUUUUUUAAUGUAAAAAAAAUUAAUGAUUGUGUACUCUAGUAAAUUUUUACAGUUCUGUUUCUAGCCCUUUCCAAAAAGUGUGUUGUCUCUUGGGAAAAAAUUAACAUACAAACAUAAAGAUGUACAGGGGUGUGCAA